AUGGAGCAACUAUUGCACGAGUGCAACCUCACCGAGCAGCAGACGCGCAUUUUUGAGCAGAAAUCCUGCGACGCGUAAGUUUUUGCUUGCAAACUGGAUUAUCGGUGGAUUUUGGCUGGAAAUCAAGUCGAAAAACGUGUAAAGCGCCAGAAAAAUUGCGCUGGAACAUUGUUUGUCAGCUGAAAAUGAUAAAAAUGUAAUUUUUCUUGGACAAAAGUGAUAAUUGCUUGAAAACUGAAAUUUUGGCAGAUUUUGAUAGAAAUCAGGUCGAAAAACGUGCGAAAGGCAUAAAAAUAGCGCUGGAGCUUUUAAAAUAAUGAAAACAUUUUUCAGAAUAUACAUUUCGAUGAAAAAGCUGAAAGAUGCGGCUGUAAAAGCACGUGGAGACCUGGAAGAAGAGUAUCGAUUACUGCUGAAGGCCGGAGAAUUGGCCAACAUCAUCAGGAGAAGUCCCCGUUUGGCCUCUUGGGAUGUACGACUUUUUUUCGUUUCAAUUCACUGGAAAAUCCAUUAAACAAUUACAGCUUGGCACAAAAACGCUGUUCCACGCGGACUACGGAAAAGUGGUCGAUCAGGCGAGCAAUCUGCAAGCGGUCCUUCAAAAAGUUUGACAAUAUUUAUGAAAAAAAAUUGGAGAAAAACGUUGUUUUGUUGUAGAAAUAUGAAUCUUUGCAAAUUCGCCGCGAUCAAUUGGAUAGGGCCGCUUCGAUUGAGGCCGAGAAGAAAUCGGGUAAGUUUUUUUUUCCGAAAAACGUAUUCGGAAUGAUUUUCCAGAAACGACAGCGGCGUUUCGAGCGCAUCGCCCACUUAUAACGCCUCGAGAACUGGUCCGUCGCGUCGAAAAUGACGAUCCAAAGAAGAGUGCCAUCAUCUUCGAUAUUCGGUAUUUUUCUUAUACUAUCUGCCUUUUUCACCUGAAAAUCAACAUUUUCAGACAAAAUCAAGCGGACGCCAUUUUUUACAGUCGAAGCGAGAUGAUUACGGUCAUUCAGGUGCCAUACGACAUUCUCAAUAGCAGGUGCAUAACGCAAUAGUUUACAAAACAAAAUUCUAUCAAAAUACCUUAAAAUCGGGCCCGGCUAUGUCAAAUUAUAUAUUAUAGGAAAAUGCUUCGAAAAACUCUAAGAAUAGCCAUAUUUGUCGUAUUUGUAUAACCCAUCGAGAUCUACGAUCUGAUAUAUAUAGUAUAUAUUAACUAUGAGAAAAAUAGUUUCUUAUUCCAAUCCUGGACAAAUCGGUCGAUUUCCGAACUUUGGCUUCCACUAGGUGCCGUGGUUUUUGUGACAAGGGGUCAAUGGGGUAUCCGCACAAGACAGAUCGGAAACACUUUCGGCAACGCGUCCUAAAAAAACACGUUCAGUCUGACAUUCAACGACCUGCGCAACAAUCUGUCGGUGAACCAGCGGGCACUGCUCCCACGCAUCUCCGGCUGCGACUACAUCGUUCUGAUGGACGACGACUCGCCCGAACUGGCGAACGGCUCCCCAAAGCCUGGCACGAAGGCCUCUGCGCUUUUCAAAGCCCUCCUUACGGUUAUCGUUUCAGAGCUUUUGAAGAACAAAUUGUGUUUACAAAUUUUGUUGCAGUUAUCGUACACUUCUUCGGAUAUUCGGCCACGCGAACGACCGCUUUUCAUGGAGGGGGGCUUCCGAAUGUGGAAGAUGCACUGGCCGACGUACACCAAAAAAGAGGUGAGCAUUUUUGAAAAGGAAAUCGGCUAAAUUCGCACAAAAGUGACAUAAUAGUGUGAGAGUUUCUAUUAAAAUUAAAAUUAGUCUCACAAUCUCUACAUGCUUCCUUUGCAGCAACCGCUAAGCGCACGCUCGACGCCCUCCGACAGUGUGGACGACGCGAUCAGCAAGUACGCGGCCAACUACACGGACCUCUCGCACAUCACCUACCCGGAUCUGACUGCCCUGCCGCCCGGAUCCCGCGAACCGCCGGUCCGAGUGGCACAGCAGCCGGCGAUCCCUCCGAGACCGCCCAUGUUCCCGCAGGAGCCGGAAGUGCCUCUCCCGCGGCCCGGAUUCGGCGUCUACACACCCAAUAUUCCCCAAAGUUAGUGUUUUCUCUCGAAAAUCGGUAAUUUAUUACGUUUUCCGCCUUUUCCAAUUUUAAUGAUUUUGAGCUGUUUUUGUAGACUUACAAAAACCAUAAAAGCUCCUGAUGAACAACCAAUUUCUUGGGUGUUCUAGGACCUAAAAGAUCAGUAAAAAGUUUCAAAAAAAAAAACGAGCAGGACAGUUAAAAAGCGCUUUCCUCGUAGGACCCACGUUGCCCCCGACUUCGGAACGUCCGGGCGCUCCGAUCUUCAGCCCGAACCCGACGACAGUAGUGCCUCCGCCGCCGCCCGUUUCGACGCAGAAACCGUCGCCGGAAGUGCCGAUCUUCCCGGACCGCACGUCGAAGCCGUCGAUGGGACCGCCGGAGAGACCGACGAUAGUAAGUGCCCCGCCCGCGCAUUACCGUUCUUAUCCCCAAGCGUUUCCGCAAAAAGGACCCAUCGCCGACGAGACAAAACGGAGGCGGAGAGGUGAAACGGCCGCCACUGCUCGACAGAUCCUCCAAACCGGCCACACACCAAAUGUCGUCAGUUUUUCCGCAUUAGUUGAGAAUUGUGACGAAAAAACUGUGUUCAGAAAAGAGUACGAGGUGCAGCUAUUGUCGAUCUACGAACAAAUGCAAAUGCAGAUCAGACGGAUGAGCCGCGAGUCGAGCACUCCGAAUCCCGGCGCGACGGGCCUCUUCAACAUGGGCAACACGUGCUUCAUGUCCGCCACGUUGCAGGUCAUUUUUUCGAAACUUUCUGAAAAUAGUUCUUCUCAAUUCCGAUAGAAAAUAGAAAAUCCUAUUGAUAUCAUCUUUUUACGAAACCAAGUUUGAUUUGCAGUGUCUAUUCCAAACGCCGGGCCUGCCGGAAGUGUUCUCAAAAAGGACGUUUGCGUCGAAAGUGAACACGGAAUCGCGGAUGGGCUCGAAAGGAAUCAUUUCGGCCGGAUUCGCCGCGCUCAUGGACUCGAUCUGGGAGGGGAAGAUGGAGGCGAUCAAACCGUCCCGAUUCUUGGUACCACAAUAUUCACUUUACGAAGACCUGCCGAGGCGUAUACCUUUGAGUGGCGCUACAACGCAAUAGAACUUGAGCGGAAUAGAACUCAAUUGACAGGGAGUUUUUUACCUUGACCUUGAGAAAUUGCGAGGAAAAAGCUAUUUGCGCGCCAAAAGAGAGAAAGAGAGGCGCACGCAAAUCGCUGCCUUGUUUUUCUUUCCGGUUGAACCACGAACUCGCCCACUCUUGCCUUGACAGUUGUAAAUUGAGCUCCCUUUUCUGACAGUUCCAUUCCGUUGUAUCUUUGAACGUUGUAGCAUCUUUGAGUCACUUACAACAAUCCGAUCGGAUCGAAACUUUGCAGGCAUGUUCGACUUGGAUCGAAGUAUAUUGGGUUCAAGUUUUAGACCUGAAACUUGGACUCAAUAUACUUCAAUCCAAGUCGGAAAAGCCUGCAAAGUUUGGUUCCGCUGGGAUUAUUGCAAGUGGGCCUAAAGAUCAGAGCUAGGCAGUCCUUCAAAAACUCUGCUUUUUUUCUACAGCAACUGUUCGCCGACACCGUCUCGAGCGUACUUUCCGACGGACGACAACACGACGCGUCGGAAUUUCAGAUUUUCCUGCUCGACGCACUUCACGAGGACACUAAUAUGGUAUAAUUUACGAUUUUUAUAUUUCAACGGUUUUUUUUUUGUUGCUAAUUAGUGCCGAUUUUCCAGUCGGUUUUGUCAAAAAAUGAAUGACUGGCGCUUGAAUUCUGUAGAUUUUGACAAUAGCGAGUGGAAAAUCAGCACAUCGAGCACAAAAGCCGUUCUUGAACAAAAUCGAAAAAAAAAGUUCUCAAUGGAAAUUGUUGGUUUUUUAGGCCCGCCGAAUCAGUUUCGAGCAAAACUACCGCGGAGGAGCGAAUAUCAAACGGGAGGCGACGGAUUUCAUCGAAAAACAGCGACAAUUCUCGAAUUCGCCAGUCAAUCAAAUAUUUGGAGUAGGAAUUUUAUUUGUGUUUCUGGAAUUGGUUGCUUGGGGGUCUGUCUCCUUAAAAAAUGACCUGUUCCCCAGGUGUUUUGCAUUCAUAUUUUAAGCUGAUUCUUGUGAAUUGAAAAAGAACGAACAUUUUUCAGGGCCUCUCCGUGUCGGAAAUUCGGUGUCAAACGUGCGGCGAAUCGUCGGCGACGUUCGAGGAGAGCACGAUAAUAUCGGUGGAAUUGACGUCGACGAGGGAGUGCACACUCGACAGCUGCCUCAAGUCGCACUUCUCCGAGACGGUACAUAAUUUUUGUUCUAAACUUUAAAAAAACAUCCAUUGUUUUCAGGUUCUGGACGGAGAUUCUCGUUGGAAUUGUCCGAAAUGCAAGACACCCCGCGCCAGUACCCGCCGAUCGAAAUUGUGGUCGUUGCCCAAAGUUUUGGUGAGUUGAUAUGUUUGGAAUUCUGCAAAAAUGUGCGUCCAGGAAUAAAACCGAGUAAAGAAUUGACAAACACAGAUAAAUCGCGGCGGACCCGUAAGGAAUAGUAUAUGGGUCCAUUGUGCGCCCCAUUUUGCGCCCACGCGGGUCCACAGCGGCGAGAAAAUGUCACCCACGUGGAUCCAAUAUACGGGACACGGACCGCGCGUGGAAGUCAUAGGAAUUGUAUAUGCGUCCAGAAUGGGGCAUGCGCCACGGUGGUCCCAUAAUGUGUAAUCCGCGAUUCACCUGCGAAAAUUAGAUUGUGAGGACUAGAAAAAGUUAGUCCAGCUCUUUGCAUUUCGCCGUUUAACUUUUCUAAAAAGUCUUGAAAAUCAGGAAUUUGUUUGUAAUUGGGAACCUGGGAAAACCAACGCCUAUCUUCAGUAUUUUAUCUGUUUUUUGCAGGUAAUCCAUCUGAAACGCUUCGCCCUAUUCAACGGUGAUUUCGAGAAGAACUCUGCGGCCGUCACGUUCGAUCCGCAACGAUUCGACGUCCGACCGUACCUGCACGAGAGUGCUGCGCCGGAUCGACCGUACUACAAGCUGUACGCGACCACGGUAGGGUUUCAUAACAUUUUUCGAGCAAAUUUGAUAGAAAACAUGUUCAUCGCUUUAUUCCAUUAAGAAAUUGUGUAAAUUUCAAGCAAAUGUCUUGCAGAUUCACAACGGACGCCUCAAUUCGGGCCAUUACACGUCGGUGGCCGCGCAUUUGCGCGCCGAUAGAUGGCUGAGAUUCGACGAUGAAAGUGUCCGUCCGAUUAGCUCAUUUUCUGUUGACGUACGUGUUUUAUCCAAAAAUUGCACUUUCCGUUAAAGAACGCGAUUUUUUCAGCCGUCGCUCGCCUACAUUCUCUGGUACAAACGGUGCUAA